CGUUUCGAACCGUAGACCCUUAUGCAGGUGUACAAGAGGUGCAGUCGAUACAAAUAAAAACGUGAAUUGACUCAUCCAAUUGUUAAAAAAUAAUACAAAAUAAAAAAAAAAUAAUAAAUAUGGAACUUUAAUUUCGUUAAUUUAGUUUGUUGGGGUCGGUUUCUUUUGCAGGAUGAACAGGUAUAUUACGCUUCAUCAAUUGGGAGAUGGAACGUACGGGUCAGUUGUUUUGGGCCAAAGAAAAGAUACCGGGGAAAAAGUUGCAAUUAAAAGGAUGAAAAGGAAGUAUUAUUCUUGGGAGGAAGCUAUGAAUUUGAGAGAAGUUAAGUCGUUAAAAAAACUACACCACACCAACGUUGUUAAACUGAAAGAGGUGAUUAGAGAAAAUGAUGUUUUAUAUUUUGUGUUCGAAUAUAUGCAAGAAAAUCUUUAUCAAUUAAUAAAGGAUCGCCGUGUACCAUUUCCAGAAGCCACCGUUAGAAACAUGCUAUUUCAGAUACUGCAAGGUUUAGCAUUUAUCCAUAGACAUGGUUUCUUUCAUAGAGACUUAAAACCGGAAAAUAUUCUUUGUUCAGGACCGGAAUUGGUAAAAAUAGCCGAUUUUGGUUUGGUUCGAGAAAUAAGAUCGCGACCUCCUUACACGGAUUACGUGUCAACAAGAUGGUAUCGAGCACCGGAAGUUCUGUUACACUCAACAACUUAUACAAGUCCAAUCGAUCUUUGGGCCGUCGGUUGUAUCGCGGCUGAAGUUUAUACUUAUAGGCCGUUAUUUCCCGGUACAACCGAAACCGAUCAACUUUAUAAAAUAUGCCAAAUUUUAGGAACCCCAGAUAAAAAGAAUUGGUUGGAAGGUUAUCAACUUGCUGGUGCUGUUGGAUUUAAAUUUCCUUAUUUUACAAGUACUCCAUUAAGCGCUGUUGUUCCUCAAGCCAGUACAAUUGGAAUUAAAUUAAUUGAAGUUUUGUUAGAUUGGAAUUCGGCUGGAAGACCAACAGCUCAAGCUGCCUUAAAACAUUCAUAUUUUCAAAUUGGUCAACAAUACGCUAAUAGUGCUUACAGUAUUCAACGUCAAAAUGGAAUUAUUCAUCAACCCUCUGCUAAAAAUUUCACAACUUUCGCAGCCCUCCAACAAAACGGAACGAUUUCUACAUCCGAUCAGAAACAACAAAUUGAGAAUCAAAACGUUCAAAACUUACAAAAUCAAAAUCAAUCCCUUCUCAACCAAAUUUCUUUGCAAGAAAACUCAAAAAACGCUUAUCAAUCAUCUCAGCAAGAAUCGAAAAUUCAUAUUCAAGUACAACCGUUAAUUAAACCAGCUACAAGAAAUCAACCGGUACAAGCAGUCGCCCCUAUUAUUUACAGUUUUGGACAAAUGGAUUAUUCGAAUAAAUUGUACAAUUCCAAUAUCGGUUUUAAUAAUGCUAAUAGCGCCAAAAAGUUCGUCAAAAGGAUAUCGUGGGGUAAAAAUGAUUUCGAAGCUGAAGAAGAUAAUUUUGCUGAUAUUCUAGGGAAUAAAAUUAAAGAAUCGGAGAAAGUAAAGGAAAACAAGGUUAAUUUGAGUCAAUAUAAUCUCCAAGAUAUACUGGAACCUUUAGCAAAAGCGAGUGCUGGAACCGCCAGAAAUCAAUAUCUUAGCGUGUCGAGAUACAUUGCCGGUCAGCCUAGUAUUAAAAGAGGGAGUAAUGUUAAUUUCCUCGAUGGUGGUGAUAGCAGAAAAAAUAGUGGGUUGUUUAGUAAAAGAUCAGGUGAUUUGGAUAUUACAAGUUUAUUCAAUGAAAGUUUAGGUUUACAAACAAUUCCACCUGGAAAACAAAAAAUAGGAAGUUUUAGUUUAGCUGGUAGUAAUCAUGGACGAACUGACUGGGCGGCAAAGUACCUUAAAUGAUAGAGAUCUCAUCAGAACGUAAUCAGACUGUGAUAGAUAUUUUCAUAUACUGUUAAGAAUUUGUUACGACAGCACACAUUGUACCAAUUAAAUAUUGUACUUAAAAAAAUAAUUUCUGGUUUAAUAAAACGUAUGUCUUGUUUC